CCAACUGCGUCGCUGGGCGCGCUCGGCGGACGGUUCUCGGUGUGUGCGCCCCCUUUGGUGCUCAUCCCUCAUAUCUCAUCUCAUCCUUUCGCGCUGCUCGCGGUUCCCGCAGAACCACGCGCGAGAGGGAGUUGCGCGAACCAGGAGAGCCCGACACCUGGGCAGCGUCCAGGCGGACCUGUUCGGGAACGGUCGCGGUGUAUAAAACUCGAUUCCCGCCCGCCGUUAGGUAACAGUCCAUUGUGUAACGUUGCCGGGAUCGCGAGCCAUCCUGCAGGAACACAGCCGUGCGAGUUUGUGUGCGCGUGUAUUUUGCCUACAAGCAAGUGACCAGCAAUCAGUGAGAACAACAUCUAAAACAGAAAAACAAACAGUGAACUACAGUGCUGAAGCAGUGGAAAUUGGUGUUAAUUGAAGAGCUUUGUACAUCGAUCACACGGACAACCACGCACGUGGAGAAAGUUCUGCUGCGGUGCGGGUUACUUGCGUACACCACAUUAAACAUUGUGUGUGGCAUUUAAAAUAAAUAUACUCGCGUCCUCCUCUCAGCUGCUCUCGCGGGCACGCCCGAUGCCAGAGGUCGCCCCGACCGGACAUUGAACGUAGAAAGAAGAAAGUUGUCGGUUGUUUACACUUCCGUCCUGAGUGGUGUUGUGGCUACCGUUUGUGACCGUUGGUGAGAUACAGUAACAUACCCCUCCCGAGGGCAGCAGCGACAAUGACCUCCGGAAAUUCGAUAACAAUACUGGUUUGCGCCUUGCUCGCCGUGGUAACGCCUGCCUGUAACGCUUUGCCGAAGCAGCGUUACUCGCGCGAUGGCGGCGAGCCGCGCAGCUUGGUUGGUGUCUCGACUAACAUCAUCACGAGCAGCCUGCUGAAGGGAGCCGCCGAAACGCCGGGCAACCAUGUGUUUUCGCCGAUCGGCUUUUCCUCGAUACUGGCCAUGAUCAGCGAAGGGGCGGAAGGUCAAACGCUGAAGGAGCUGUACGACGUGUUCAAGUUUCCCACGGACAGGGAUUUGGUUCGCAAAGCGUUUGAUGUUUCGCUCAAGCGUUUGAGCGGCCAAAAUCCAACGGACGAGCCGCAGUUCAAAACCUGGUUCUACAUCUACAAAAACAACAGCGUGCUGCAGGCGUACAAGGAUGUGCUGGAGCAAAACUACGCCGUAGAGGUGCGGGACAUCGAGCGGAAUGAUUACAACUUUGAUGAGCCCAAAACCUCCCUCGACCCGGUGGUGGUCGAGGAGGAGAUCAUCGAGGAGAGCAACGGUCCCGACGGUGACAACCUCGUGCUGGAGCAGGGUAGCAACAAUAGCAACAGCAAGGAUAUUGUUGACUUUGAGGUGCUGAAGAUCAAGUCGGCCCUACCGGUGGAGGACGAGCUGCGCACGGACACUGGCAUCAGUACCAAGUACGACGAGAUCGACGAUGAAAACCCAAAGUUUGACAAGAACAUUGACGACAAGGAGUACGUUGAUCCGACCAAAAUCAAGGAAGAGCUGGCGAAAAAGAAGAUGGAAGCGAUGAACGAAGUGGCGGCCGACGCUGACCUUGACGAUGCUAAGAUGAAGAAAACGCCCGACUCGAUCGAUCGUGUCGAUCAUGAGCAGCCCGAAAAAAUGUCGCUAUCGCUGAAGAAGCUGGGUUUGGACGAUGAGCAAGAGGUCAUGCAAGCGGUCGAAAGUCAAGGCUCACGAAGGAAGUUCAACGUUCGCCGAUCGUUCCUAACCGGAGACAUAGCGUCGGCCCUGAGUGGAAACUCUUUGGUUGGACGAAAGGCGAAUCUUAAAGACGAUGAAGAGCAGGUCAACGAAUCCAAGAUGCUGCUGUUCAACGGUCUGUACUACAGAGGCAGCUGGGCUACGCCAUUCCAGCAACUUCGCACGGAGGAAAGUAAAUUCUUUACCAACACGGACGAACGACCAGUCAUGAUGAUGCGAUCGCAGGGUACCUUUGGUGUGGGAAAGGAUGAACAGCUGGAUGCUAAGUUCUUGGAGCUACCGUACAAUAACUCCCGCUAUUCGCUUCUGCUGAUGGUUCCCAACAACAAGGACGGGCUGAAGGAGCUCAUCAAGAACUUCAACCCCGAUACCCUCAGCACCGUGCAAAAGUCGCUGGUGCAAAUGCCGGUCCAGAUCUGCAUUCCCAAGUUCCGCAUCGAUACCACUAGUCGUGCUGAGAAGCCACUGGCAAAGCUUGGACUCAUCACCAUGUUCACCUCGAAGGCGGACCUGAGCGGCAUUACCACCGAGCAGAAGAUCCACGUCGACGAGCUGGUGCAGCACGUGUCGAUCCGCGUGGACGAAGGUUCCAGCAGCGAGAACGCCCUGUCGGCGACGAACAUUGUCGAGGCGAAAACGAUCGACGACGAGCAGGAGCAGUUCACUGCCGACAAGCCGUUCCUGUUCUUCGUGCGCGACGUCGUGGACGAUAUCGUGAUCGUUGCUGGCAAGAUCACGGACAUCCCGUACGUCGACUAGAGGAGUAACUGUUCCCACGCCCCGCCGGAAUGAAGGCACUGUCCAGCAUUCGUAGUUUUUAGCUUUCCUAAAUUACGGUCCACUACCCUCAUAGUCAGUACGUGAUAGAACGAUUGUGAAGUGUACAACGAUUGCUAGGUACAAACGCCUAGCAAGUAUCCUCCUCUUCGGUUGGCGAUAGUUAGAGCUUAUAUUGAGCUCGAUUUAUUCGCUGCACAUCCCUGUUGCAUAGGGGGCAAGUACUCCGUCCGAAACUUUUGGCCGUUUCGUUCCCGCCGUGAUAUUUCACCACGGCGACUGAAGCAUUGAACAACAUGAACAACAUUUUUACAAUUUUGACUUUUUGAAAAUGCCGGUGAGAUACUUCCAGCAAGCCUUUAUAUAGGCAUUCCUGUGCCUAAAAGGUGUUCCCAUUUAGAUAAACAUUCAGCUACGAAUAUCCCCCACCCACAACGAUCAACGGACGAGACAGUCUCCAAUUAAAUCGAUGAUUUAAUUACACCUCUCUCUCUCUCUGUCCUCUCAUACUGCACACACACAUCUCUUCUUCUGGAGCCGUUCCGAAGGCUCCACUAGAUGACGAUGAAACGACGAAGCUGAAUGCGUAACGAUGCGUCCAGAUGCGACCCCGUUUUAAUAAUCGAUCUCACGAAAGCGACCGUCACACCAACAUGAUCGUUUCAAGAUAUGGUAUCUUCGGUACAAAAAGUAUUUUGAAAUCGUACUCAACCGUUUGGCACCGACUGGUUUCGCGCAUCGAUUACAAAGCCUAGAGCAACAUGGCGGGAACGAUUUGGUUUAAAUUAUGCAACAGGAUAAUAGACCAGCACAACCGGAAGCGAUCGUACGGAUGUAUAGAGUAUGUAGUGGCCGCAGUUAGUAUGUAUAGAUGCCUAGGUAGAGCGAUUAUUUAUGAUUAUUUAAUGUAAACCAGGACUAAUUUUAUCUGUACCAUUCUCUUAAUAAAAACUGUACACAAAGUGUGUGUGUACGCAAAAUCAAAA